AUGGUGAUCAUGACGAAUCCUCUGCAUACUUACCUACCCCUGAGUACGCAAUGUGCGGAGAUUAACAUGGCGGACAUCAAAAAGCGGUCGCGCAACAGGGUCCUGAUUUUACCGGAUGCGGUCAGGGCGGUUAGGGUAAUCAUUCAGGGCCCGGUGGAUUUGUUGUUGUCUCGGCCCGAUAGUUUCGGCAUUGAAGCUUCUAACUAUUUGUCGAUCGACCCAACGGGAGCGACGGCUUGGGUCUCGGGAUGGAAGGCUAAGGAGAAGAAGAAAAAGCAAGCAAGUAAGCAAGCAAGCAAGCAUUGGAAAAAAGGGACCGGAUCAGCUUCCCGCCGCACACGGGUUCAUCCGGACGGUGAUCAGUGGCUAGAUAGAGAUAGGGGUGCUACAGUAGGGAUUCCAGACACUCUCAAACCAAAGGAGCACGCAAUCAGGUUUCGCUGA